AUGAAUCUAGAAUUUGUGAAGGGUGUUGAUUUACCAAGAAGAAAAAAAAGUAAAAAGGUAAAAUUUGAUCCUGAUUGUGUUGUAGCAAUUUUUGAGCUUGGUAUGGUAUUUGAAAGUGCUGAAAAUUUUAGAAAAGCUGAUGCAGACUAUUCUUGUGAAUAUAAAACUAGUAUAGAUAAAGAUUCUGGUUGUUUUGUUGUCAAAAAUUAUUAUCCUGUGCAUGUAUGUCCUCAAUCAAUCAAGAACAAGUUGUGUACAUAUAAGUUUGUUGCAGAAAAGCUCAAGGAUGAAAUUACCUGUCAACCAUAUAUAAGAUUAUGGAAAAUUCAGGAAUUGGUGAGAAAAAAAUUUGGAUUGUAUGUUGGAAGAACAGUUUGUCAUAGGGCAAAAAAGAGGAUUAUCAAGGAGUUCUUAGGUGAUUGGAAGAUGGAAUUUUCAAGAUUGUGUGAUUAUGCAGACAUGAUUAAACAUACUAAUCCUGGUACUUCCUGUUGGGUGAGGACAGAUAGAGAGUCUCAGCCAGGAAAAACUUUGUUUGUUUACUUCUAUGUUUGCUUUGAUGCAUUGAAGAGGGGUUGGUUGGAAGGAUGCAUAAAAAUUAUUGGUUUUGAUGGAUGUUUUCUGAAGGGUUCUUGCAAGGGAGAAUUGUUGGUUGCUGUUGGUAGAAAUGGAAAUCAACAGAUGUUUCCAAUCGCAUGGGUUGUUGUUGACACAGAGACAAAACAUAGUUGGAGUUUUUUCCUCAAGUACUUGAUAGAAGGUCUGAACUUAGGCACUGGACAUGGACUGACUGUUAUGUCAGAUUUGCAGAAGGGCCUUGUACCAGCUUUAUAUGAGUUGCUACCAGAUAGUGAGCAAAGAAGGUGUGCUAGACAUAUCUGGUACAACUGCAUCAAUUAUGGAGUGGUGAAGAAAGAAGGAAACAGUUCUGGAGAUGAGCUAAGUCAAGUUUUGAAGUGA